GUUAUUGAUUUUUAAUAGCGGCGUUAUGGAAACAUCCUGUAUGCUAUGUCAUUAGGUCUUUAUCCACAUCUUUAAAACUUUACAUCCACUAGGACUUAACCAGAAAUAUGGCUAAAGUUAAAUACACCAAGAGGAAAAACCCAGAUGACCCAAAUAAUCCGCAACCAAAAGCCAACAUCACCUGCAACAGAUGUGAACGGAAAUUCAAGGAUUUAAGCAAUUUAAAGAGACACUUCAAUCUCACCCACAAUCCAACGAUCACAAGAUAUUACUGUGAGAUAUGUAAAAAAUCGUACUGCCGUAAAGAUGUUGUAAGGAGACAUAUUAUAAAGGAUCCACAAACGGAAUACAGUGAUUCUUUAAUAUUUACAUGUUCAAAUCCACGUGAAACAGCAGAGAAACCGAAGAAAUAUGUUCCGCCAUUCGAGAGCCGCCCAAAAUCAACUAAGACCCCUAUCUUCAGAAUUAAACCAGCAAACAAAUAUCAAGCAAGUUCACUAUUAAAGUCCGCAUCCAAUGAAUCUACAAAAACUGUCUGCCAAGAUGAAUUACCGGAGUCCUUACCUGUAAAGUCCGCAUCCAAUGAAUCUACAAAAACUGUCUGCCAAGAUGAAUUACCGGAGUCCUUAAAAAAUAGAACAAUAACCAUCCACGGAAUUUAUGGACUGUUUAAUUAAUCAUUAAGCAUAAAUAAUGUAAUGUAAAGUUUUGUGACAAUUUCACACAAUUAUGGUUGUUAAAUUAUUAAUGUAAAGAUUCUAGUCCGCAAGUUGUUAUGACGUCCGCAUUUUUUAUUUACAGAGUAACGUAGUCCGCAAUUUUUACUUCAUGUAUAAUCAUUUCAUGUAUAUUUGUUCUGAUGACGACCGUCUCUGGUCGAAACCGGUCAACCAAAUAAAUUUACUGCUGCAUUCUUACGAAGUGUUGGUGAUCUGUUUCAUAUCGUUUAGUUUAUAACUUUAGGUACAGACCCUAUUGAAUACCUUUUGGUAUCCACACUUGAGAAUCUUCCGCAAUUUGAACCUCAGGGUGUUGGU